AUGACUUUGAAACAGCCAUCUGGCUUCGUUGCUCAUGCUGAUGUAAACUCUGACGAUUGUAACAUUCCCAGAUUUGGUCACCCAAAGACUUUACGCUCAAGAUCGCCUGAACCAAAUCGAUCUGCUACGAGUUCCAAAUCGAAUUCACAUUCACCCUCCAAUGAGAACCAUGAAGAUGGCCAUGUGAAUGAGAGACCCGUCCCUCCUCAUCUGGCCAAUGGGUUUGAUUCAACAAUUGGAAGGAUCUCGCAGGCAGGUUCUGAUGGCAAGGAGCCUAGUUUGGAGGAACAGAGGUCUUGUUCUCUUGGCCAUCUCCCCAAUCAAUCAAAGGCCGAGUGCUCUAAUGGCAGGAAAGAACUUCAGGGACACAACCGGACUUCAUCUGCCUCAAGUGCUGUUUCCAGCACUGAAUGCCUUCGAGGAGAAGAUGACAGGGUCUCACAGUCUUCAAGUGACAUGGCAAAUUAUGGUACUGACGUCUCAGGGGAGAUGGCACAGGAAGCACCAGCUUCAUCCUCUUCACAAAGAGAACAGGAAUCUCAAUCGAGGUUGCCAGAGCCCCGGUCCAGAAACCAAACUAUUUGGCGCCGUCCAUCUGAAAGGUUUGUUCCAAGGAUUGUCUCCUCGCCAUCCUUGGAUUCAAGGCCGGACCUAUCGGAAGUUGAAGCUGCAGUCCGUAAACUGAUUGAGGACUUGAAAAGCGAUUCGACCGAAAUGCAGAGAAGUGCGACACAUGAGUUGCGUCUCCUUGCUAAGCACAACAUGGAGAAUAGAAUCAUAAUCGCCAGCUGUGGGGCAAUUAUCCACUUGGUUGGUCUGCUUCACUCGACUGACUCUAAAACCCAGGAGAAUGCAGUCACUGCCCUCCUGAAUUUGUCCAUCAAUGACAACAACAAGAUCGCAAUUGCCAGUGCCGAUGCCAUUGGUCCCCUUAUUCAGGUACUUGAGACGGGUAAUCCAGAAGCCAAAGAGAAUUCUGCAGCAACCCUCUUCAGCCUUUCAGUCAUUGAAGAAAAUAAGGUGAAGAUUGGACGCUCAGGUGCUAUCAAACCCCUCGUGGAACUAUUAGGAAAUGGAACUCCCCGUGGAAAGAAAGAUGCCGCCACUGCAUUGUUUAAUCUAUCGAUAUUUCAUGAGAACAAGGCAAGGAUUGUGCAGGCCGGGGCUGUUAGGCAUCUAGUAGAGCUGAUGGACCCGGCGGCCGGGAUGGUUGACAAGGCUGUUGCCGUUCUGGCGAACCUUACAACCAUUCAUGAAGGCAGGUUAGCCAUUGGCCAUGAAGGUGGGAUCCCAGCUCUUGUGGAAGUCGUCGAGCUGGGAUCUGCUAGAGGGAAGGAGAAUGCAGCUGCAGCUUUGCUGCAUCUUUGCACUAAUAGCAACAAAUUUUGCACUCUGGUUCUCCAAGAAGGUGCUGUGCCACCGUUGGUAGCUCUGUCGCAGUCUGGGACACCCCGAGCAAGGGAAAAGGUUCGUCAAUGCCUUCUUUGCAUUAUUUUAUUAUUUUAGUUUCACCAAAUCUGCUCGCAUCUUCCAGAACCAUCCCUCCUCCCAUAAGUUGAGUUGAAUAAUUUCACCAGCUUUCUUGUUGACUGAUAUAAUAUAUAUUUAAUGCUUUGUCAUUCUCUCUGGAUACUUCUCACCGUAUCUUCUGCUUUUCUUUCCAUUUCGGAUCACCAAUAUAUAUAUAUAUAUAUUUAAAUUUGUUUACCUUGCAGGCGCAGCUACUUCUUACCCAUUUCAGAAACCAGAGACACGGUGGUGGUAGAUCAUGA